UGACAGAUUUUGUGUCUUCGUUGAAAUGUUCGUUACGUUGGGUUAGUGUUGUUUUUCCAGUGUUGAUUAGAAGGAAGUGUGAUUAGAACUUCGCGCCUUGCCAAUCUUCGAUUUAGUAAACUAAAAUAUUAACGUAGUUGUUUAAUAUUAGGCAUUGUAUAUUGUGUCAAGUUGUUUCAGUUUUAAAUUUAAAUCUGUUGUAGGCCAUGCCAGUUGUUCAAUAACCUAGUUUGGGAACGUUUAAUUGUAUUUUUGUUGUAAACGUUUGCACAAUUCCUUGGGCCGUUUACUUUGAUCUACAAUUGGGGGAGAUGUGACAUAAUCUUCUUGUAGGCCUAGGAUGUAAACAGUGUGAUGGUGUGGAAUGACUCGCACCAAGGAGUGGGGUCUGCAGGAACCCGGUCGUCCACUCAACACAGUCAACUUUGAGUCGCCGUCACACACCGGCACCCUGCUCACUGGCCUCAACAUGCUGAGGGCCAAGGGUCACCUGUUGGAUGUCACCCUUGUCGCAGAGGGUGAGGCCUUUCAGGCGCACCGAGUGGUGUUGGCGUCGUGCAGCGACUACUUCCGAGCAAUGUUUACGGAUGCGAUGAAGGAGUCGCGGCAGAGUGAAAUCUGUCUGAAUGGUGUUAGUGCAGCGGGCAUGCGACUGCUGCUGGACUACGCUUACACGUCUAGACUCGCCCUCAACCUUGCCAACAUACAGGACGUGCUGAGCGCUGCCUCACACAUACAAGUGGUGGCUGUGGUGGAGGCCUGCUCCAACUACCUACAGUCACAACUAGACCUGGAGAACUGUGUAGAUAUAGCAACCAUCUCGGAGACAUACUCACUGUCCCAGCUGCGUGGCGUAGUGUACAGGUUCAUGUGUGGCCACCUGGUGGAGUUCUCUCGGUCAGCGGAGUUUGCGCGGCUACAUCCUGCGCAAUUAGAGCAUCUGUUGGCUUGCGACUUUCCCGUUGACUGUCCUGAGGCCGAUGUGCUUGCCGUCACCCUGCGGUGGCUUUCCCACGAAUCCCACAGCCGGGGAUGUGGGUGGGCUGUGCGCCUGCUGCGUCGGAUCCACCUGUCUCAAGUUAGCCGCUGGGAGCUGGAAGGCGUGCUGCGCCGAACCGACCAGCAGCUGGCGCGACUUGUACUGUCUGAGUACCUGCGCCAGUCCAGGCACCGACCACUGCCAGCCCUGCCGUCCCCUCUAGUCAACAAUCGUGGGAUGGAGUUGGCUGUCGUCAAGGUCGGAGGCUUUGGUAUCGGCGGAAUCACGAAUGAGAUCACCUACUUCCUGCCAAGCUCUGGCAAGUGGAGACAUCUCACCACCAUACCGCAUGUGGAGCAGUGCAACUUCGGUACAGCCGUGCUGCAUAACGACCUGUAUGUAGUGGGCGGCUGCUUCAAUCAGUCUCUGCAGGAGAACAUCCACCCUUUCGGCUUCCGAUACAGUCCACGGCGUGACACCUGGGCAACCAUGGCCCCCAUGCAGCAAGAACGCUGCCGCUUCUCUCUCAACGUUGUGGCUGAUCGGCUGUAUGCAGUAGGGGGUGCCAGUGAGGUGGAGGAAGAGAGUGUAGUGGGCGAGGGGUACAGUGCGUGCGAGUGUUACGACCCGGAGACAGACAGUUGGGAGAGUGUGGCACCACUGCCAGGGUCCUGCACCCAGCACGCAGCUGCUGCACUGCACCACUACCUCUAUGUGUCUGGUGGCCUGGACCAUGACUUGGAUCUCAACUCUAUGAGAAGAUAUAAUACAGAGGAAGAUCGGUGGGAGCCCCGUGCGCCGAUGUUGACACCACGUGUAGACCACGCCAUGUUAUCAGUGGGAGGCAGUCUGUACGUUUGCGGUGGUUGGUGCGAGGACCUGGACACAGGCAACAGGGUCCUGGUGGAUACCAUAGACCGUUACGAUGCAGACUCGGACUCUUGGCAUACGGUUACGCACGUACCUACACCACGAUACCACGCCGGCAUUGUUACUGUCAACUCUAUCAUCUAUUUUAUCGGCGGCUUCCAUAGCGAUGCCAUGUUUGACAGAGCCACAGCGGUCAUAGAGUGCUACGAUCUGGACACUGACACCUGGACCACGGGGGAGAAGUACCCUCAGGAUAUCUGGGAGCACACCUGCGUCACUCUGUACAUCCCUCGGUGUCGUGACGACAUGCAAGUCAUCCCCUUCCCUUCGCCUUCCUAGACAUCCUUCAAUUGUGUAAAUUACAGUUUUAUCAAUAUUUAUUUGGUUAUUAGGCUUUUAUAUAUAUAUAUAUAUAUAUAUAUAUAUAUA